UUCAGCUUCUGUAAUUCUGUCGCACUUCGAGGAACAGUAGGUUUUUCUGACGGUUUUUUCUCAGUAUAUUCCAUUUUGCUCUCGUCCGCCAUCUUUGUUAUCUAGUAUCCAGGGUCUCACGGCAAAACAAAAAACUACAUUAUGUAAUGAUCUCCAAAAAUGACAGGAAAAAGAGGAGCAUGGAUGGCCGAUGUGUGACAGUAUUUGCAGCCGCUGCGGCGAUUGGAGCCAGCUUUUAUGUCCUUUGGGCUCCUUAUGGAAAGAAAUCUAAGGCAACAAGAGGUGAUCGUCCCCCUGGUCUCAUGAAUCUUGGGAACACUUGUUUUAUGAAUUCCAUAUUGCAGGGAAUUGCAAUCUUGCCAUCAUUUGUGGCAUGGUUACAGGAUUUUUCUGCCGACAGUGAUGGUAAAUCUCUAUCCAACUUAGCAAUGGAGUUGAAAAUACUAGUAAAAGCUUUGAAUAGUGGUUUUGUGGAGGGAGAUGAUGUCAUUUGCCCAGACUCUGUGUUAUCUGCUCUUAUUUCUCAUGGCUGGUUCAUACCUACAGAACAGCAGGAUGCCCAUGAAUUCUUCCAUGUUCUUUCUUCUACUUUAGAUGAUGAAAUGGGUGAACCUGCAGGUGUGAUGAACCUAGGUGAUAUUGCUACAGUUGAGAAACAUGAUGAUUCAAUUGAAGAGGACACAUCCAUGGUACACAGAAGCAAAGUGCCCAUCAAAAGAGACUGCUGUAAUAAACCUCAUCUGCCAUUCCAUGGCUUACUGGCAAGCCAGCUGGUGUGUAAACAAUGUGGAGCAAAGUGCCCAGUUAAGUUUGACAGUUAUGAUAGCCUGUCCCUCAGUUUACCAACAACCUUUCAGAUGGGCCUGGCACUAGAGGACCUGUUACAUAUGUUUGUUUGUUCAGAGACAGUGGAUGCAGUCGAGUGUCAUGGCUGCCGACAGCAGCAAAACACAGAUGACUCAACCAGUGCUGUCAGGACUACAUUUAUCAAACGGCUCACACUAGGAAAAUUACCACAGUGUCUUUGUAUCCACAUUCAAAGAACUUACUGGCACGCCAAUGGCGUCCCGUAUAAAAACAACUCCUUCAUUAAAUUUCCAGAGUUUCUUGAUAUGGAGCCGUUUUUAUACGAGCCUUUGGAGCCGAAAAACUGCUCCCAAAAGGACUGUGCGAUUAAAGAUACACGUAAGAUUGCCUCACUCUCAAAUGGAGGUCUUCAAGUGACUGCAGCCAGGGACAUGGAGCUGAAUGGUUAUCUAAAUGAACUAGCCACUUCGUUCAUUAAAGCAAACACAAAGAGUAGCGGCCGUGCAGUUUUCAAACUAAUGGCGGUUGUUGUUCACAUGGGAUCCGUGGAUGAUGGUCAUUACGUCACUUACAGGAGAUUUGAAACUCCCCAAGGCAAUGAACAUGCGUCCAAGUGGAUUUACACGUCAGACGAAAUUGUGGAGGCCGCGUCGCGUGACCAAGCCCUAUCAAGCUGCGCUUAUAUGCUAUUCUACGAGAGAACUACCAGAUAGCUCGAAUAACGCGUACAUGUUUGGUUAGCGUGUUGCGUUACAUCUUUUUUAAAUAUAAUUCUACAGGCGUAACGCGGUGACUGCCAAUAAACUGACUAGAUGUGAUUCUUUCAAAUUUUGUAGGUCUAACGUAUUUACUAAGACUUCACAACAUAUUGGUAGAUGUUGUCCUGUUUCAAAUGAUGUAUGCUGUAAUCUGUAAUCUAGAUGCCUUUCUUAUAUGGACCUGACGUAUAAACAGGUUUUAUUCAGAGGUUGCUGCGUAUCAAUAAAAUUAUGGUCGUCUUCUGAAACUA